AUGGCUCGUGUGAAACAAAACGGCGUCGAGUAUGAGUCAAGUGAAAGCCGGGAAACGUUGCCUGAAACGGAAUCGCAUUCUCCAGCCGCAGCGAGAGAAUCUGAAGUAAAUCCUGAAGCCGCGGAGAAAGAGAAAGGAAAUAUUCCUCAAGCCGAUGUAAACCCUAUUCCUACCGAAGCCGCGAUAAAGUCAAGCGAAGAUGUUUCUCAAGCCGCGAUAAACCCUAUUCCCACAGAAACAGAAAUGGAGAAGGAAACCUCUCCGAAUCCUAUUGAGGAGACCGCGGCCCAAAAAAUAACCACAGAAGAUGAAACCGAAACGAUUAACCCCAUGGAAGAAGAAGAGGAGGCUGAGGGUGAUGAAAGGCUGAUGAACAAGAGGAGGGAAAUGAUGAGGCUGAAGAAGAAGAGCAGGAGGCCGAAGAACAAGAGGAGGAGGCCGAAGAAGAAGAGGAGGAGGGCUGACGAAAAAGAGGAUGAGGCUGAAGAACUAGAGCAGGAGGCUGAAGAACAAGAACAGGAGGCUGAAGAGCAAGAGCAGGAGGCUGAAGAACAAGAACAUGAGGCUGAAGAGCAAGAGCAGGAGGAUGAAGAAGUGGAACACGAACCCUCACCGGCGAAGGAUACAGAUGAGGGAAACCAACCAAUGGGACCUGAGAAGCUCUACUUCGGUCCAACCGAGUAUAGCAAGACGGCAAGGAUAAUGACGAGAUGUAGUAUGAAGCAUGUUUUUGAAGUGAUAGAGUCUCUUCCAGAAGAGGAUAAAUGGUUCAGAUCACACCAGCAGUUUAAGCACAUAUUGCAUAUGGCUAGGGAGCCAAAUCACAUGAAUCAAGGACUUUGGAUGCUGCUCCUUCACACAGCUUACACUGAGAGGCGAAAUGAGGUUUGGUUUGUGGUUAAUGGAGUUCCUAUCAGGUAA